AUGUUGGAUGGCAACUUAUGCGACAAUCUCUGUAUUGACCGAACAAUUCGCUACAAAUCCUGUCUAUACUACUCACACGGUAAAAAAGUCAUCCUUGCAGAGUGGAAUCAAAAGGACAUUAUUGUAAAAUCAAAAUAUGAGAAAAUUAAUGAGUACUUCCCCAUCAUCUAUAAGAUUGAAAAAGAUGACUUGAUUUUCACCCAAGCACCGGAUAUGAAUCUGGUACUUAGAAUGGUACAAGAUAAAGUGUCCGACAGUCUUGGGUUGAAGGAAAACAUUGAUCAGACUGACUUGUUGAAAAAGAUGUGGACCAAAGAUGUUGAGGAUGUUGUUACUAUGACAACAGCUGAUAAAACAAGUUUGUGGAUGCUACUGCAGCAAGAUGAGUAUCUAUUUAUGAAGUAUUUCCAGAAUAAACACAUGCCACAGAUUUAUGGAUCCUGUGGAUAUUUUUACGCCAUGGAAUAUCUCCCUACAGGAAAUAUUCUGGAUCCACGGAUGUUAAGCAUUGAAGAUAACCUGGAUUCUGCUCCAUGGAUGAGAAGACAUGCAAUAGCACAGGGAAUGUUGGAAUUAAUUUGGGAUCUAGACAGAUCUUUUCAUCAGGUCAUGCACUUGUGUGAUGUAAAGGCUGAAAACUUGGGUGUGCGCAGUGAUGGAACAAUAGCUGCUAUCGACGUUGACAUAGCUUUCUUAGAAAGUCAGAUGCAAGGGAUUCUGAAUCAACCCAAUUGUACUACUCACAGUGAUUGCGAUUUCUUUGAUUGCCUGGGAAUCUGUGAUUUUAGAAUCAAGAAAUGCAGUAGUCAAAGACGAGAUAAUAAUUUACAGGCAUUUUGUAGAAAGAUAUUCCUUCCUCGUCAUGGAUUUCCUGGAUUACUGCGAUACCCACCAUUACACGUGGCUACAGAGCUUGAAGAACUUUUAGAAGCAGAAUGUACUAAAUACACCAGCACUGGAGAAAAAGCAUCAGAGACACGAUUCUACACGAAAUUGAAAUUAUUGUUGGAUAAAUCUUUACUCAAAAUGUAA